GUCUCACAGCUGAAGAUUCACUCCAACAGUAUGGAGUCGGGAGAGAGACUGGCCUCAGCAGCAUCUACACAGUCCUCUGUCCAUGCCACCUCCCCGCCAGCCUCCACCCAGAAGCCUUCCACCAAAACCAGCCUGAGCUCCAACCACAGCACCCUCAGCUCCACACUCAGCACCUGUGGGCACUUAUUCCGGACGGGGAGUGACCAGCCGCUGACCAGUGCCUUCCCCGUGAUCGGUCACCCAGCGUUCAGCCUCUGCUCCACCAGCUCCAGCCGCUCAGAGUUUGGAGGUCUGGGAUCACUUGGUGUGUCUCCAGCUCUAGCAUCACACCCAGCAUUGGGAGUUUUUCCAGAAUGGUGGCGUGCGUCUGAGGCGCAGGGAGGGGGUCCAGCUGCGUUUUUCCCCCCUCUUCUGGGUCUUCCAACUCUAUUUACCUCCAGUGUCCAGAACAAGGACCCCAGUUCAUACCAGUCUCACACCCCCAGCAAGAACGGACGGGCCGCUGCCAAAGGGGUAAACGGAACCCUGAACGGCAGUGUCAUCUCGGCCUCAUCUGGUAGAGGCUCUUCCUCUUCCUCCUCUUCAUCUUCUCCAGCACUUAAACAAACCAAGCCUCCCAAAACCAGCAGCUCCAGCAGAAACAGUAAGAGCGCCCCAGACCUGAGUCCUGUACCAAUGAAGCCCAGCCUGACAAGUAAAGAUAAGAAACUUCUCAAGAAAGCGUCGGAGAUCUGCAGUGACAGCGACUCAGGAUCCAGCUCUGACAGCUCCAGCGAUGGAGGGAGUAGCAUUGACUCAGAGGAUCUUGACGACGAAGACGAUGAUGACGACGACGAUGAUGACAAUGACCCGAGCAAUGACACUGAAGACUCCGACUUGGAGAAAGAGCGUCAGGUCAAGAGGAGGGUGAAGGAGGUGACACAAAACUCAGCUGACAGUAAAAAAGGGCGCUCUACCACCACGGAGGACAGAUGCACCCCGGACCGUGGGGCUGGUUCGCUGCGGAAACGUUCCCAGGAAGCGCACCUGUCCCCCUGUUUGCCCCCUCAGCUGUCCCCUCAGCCCCCUAUUCUGCCCCAGCCCCAGAACCUGCUUUUCCAGAGCUCCAGAGUGAAGGAUGAAGCUAGCAAACAGCACACCAGUGUCAUCCAGUCCACCGGGCUAGCCGUUAACGCUAAACCCUUGGCCUUGGUCACACAGCCCCGCCGAGAGACCUCUCCCAAACUGCCUGUCUCCCCGCCCAAACUGCUCUCUCCCUCCUCUUCCUCUUCUUCUCCGAAUCAUCCCUCUAUCUCUGCAUCGCCCAAGCCUCUGUCUCACUGCCCGUCUCCCAAGCCCCUUUCUCUCUCCUCCUCUCCCAAACCUCCACCCAUCUCUUCCUCCCCUAAAACCCCCACACUCUCUCCGUCUCAUAAAGGCGCCACCCAAACCCUCUCGUCCAAACUCGCGCCUCUGUCAGACAGCCUGAAGACAUCCAGCAGGAAAUGUCUCAGUGACGCACUCAUGCACAUCAACAACUUCAAACUGAAACAGGAGUACCUCAAACAGGCAUUCUCUGCACAGCAGAAGAGUCUGCAGGAGUCAGGCAGGACUCAGAAGAAAAACUCAUCCUCUGUACUCUCUGUCCCUAAUUUCUCCGCGGACCAAGCAGUCAACAACAAAUUCCCGUCUCCAAACGACCUCAGCAACACCUCCUCCACCAGCGCCACCCCCUCAAGCCUCCUGCUGUCCGACUCCCUCCAGAGACACACCUCCGCGAAUGGAAUCAUCCAGAACAUCACGCAGGACGCCCCCCUGGCUCUCAUCACCAAACCACGCAGCCAGAGCCAAAACCCCGCCAAACCUCUACUGGCCGCCACCAGCCCCUCCUUCAAUAUGCCCAUUAACCUCACCACAGGAGUAAAGGAGCACCCGUCCAGCCCUGGAGCGCUGGACAGAACCUCCUCUUCGCCCAGGCCGGCCCAGCGGCCCGGCAAGCGAAAGAGCUCCAGCCGCAGCCAGGCAGGGGAUGCUGUUCCCCGCAGGCCCCUGGUCCAGUCGCUGGUUAACCUGUUCCGCAGUGCCGAGUCAGACAUCCCCAGCAGCAAAGACUCGGACGAGUCAGCGAUGGAUGAGGAAGACAUGGAUGAUGAUGAUGAUGAUGAUGAUGAUGAUGAUGAUGAUGACGAUGAUGACGACGAUGAUGACGAUGACGAUGACAACGAAGAAUCUGAUGAUAAACGGAACGGAACAGGAACGGACACUGAAGCAGAAAGGACUCCACUCAAACUGACCAAACGUUGCUCUGGACCGGACAUUUCAGCCAAGCUGACUGAAGACUGCUCCCCCCUAAACCUGCAGCUCAUUAAGACCCACAACAUGUCCACACCCACCGUUGUGACCAGCUCUGAAGGAUUGCCCUAUCACAGCCUGCCAUCAUCGUCAUACAAUAUGGCCACGCCCCCAGGAUCAGGAAGGAGGCGCAGAGUGGCAGACGAGAAGGAGCUGAGGAGACCUCUGGAGUGCGGGUGGCAGAGAGAGACACGCAUUAGGGAUGUGGGUGGGCGUUUACAGGGCGAUGUGGCAUACUACGCCCCCUGUGGGAAGAAGCUGAAACAGUACCCUGAUGUAGUGAAGUAUCUGGCCAGAAACGGAAUAUGUGACAUCACACGAGACAAUUUCAGCUUCAGUGCAAAGAUAAGGAUUGGUGACUUCUAUGAAGCCAGAGACGGACCUCAGGGUUUACAGUGGACGUUGCUGAAAGAGGAGGAAGUCCCUCCUCGUAUCCAAGCGAUGGAGGGGCGACGUGGACGACCCCCGAAUCCCGAGCGCAGGCAUGCAGGAGGUGGCUCCAUGGGCAGGCGGAGAAAAAACCAACCUACGAACAUGGGCGAGGUCGAAUCUCCAAACACCGCUGAUGCUAAACUCCUACGCAAACUGGAAGCUCAAGAAAUUGCCCGACAGGCAGCUCAGAUCAAACUGAUGCGCAAACUCGAGAAACAGGCGCUAGCUCAAGCUGCCAAAGAAGCCAAAAAGCAGCAAGCCCUCAUGGCUGCCGAAGAGAAGAAGAAACAGAAGGAGCAGAUCAAGAUUCUGAAACAACAAGAGAAGAUCCGGCGUAUUCAGCAGAUCCGGAUGGAGAAGGAGCUUCGUGCUCAGCAGAUCCUUGAGGCCAAAAGGAAGAAGAAAGAGGAAGCAGCAAAUGCCAAAAUACUGGAGGCAGAGAAACGAAUUAAGGAGAAGGAGAUGCGGAGACAGCAGGCAAUCAUUCUAAAACACCAGGAGAUGGAGAGACAUAGGCUAGAUAUGGUAUGGGAGCGGGAGAGACGCAGGCAGCACAUGAUGCUAAUGAAAGCCAUGGAGGCCAGGAAGAAAGCAGAGGAGAAGGAGCGUCUAAAGCAGGAGAAAAGGGAUGAGAAACGUUUAAACAAGGAGCGCAAACUGGAGCUCAGGAGGCUAGAACAGGAAAUGGCCAAGGAGCUGAAGAAACCCAACGAAGAUAUGUGUUUAGCAGAUCACAAGCCUUUGCCGGAGUUUUCCCGUAUCCCGGGCCUGGUUCUGUCGGGCAGCUGUUUCUCAGACUGUCUCAUGGUUAUCCAGUUCCUGCACUGUUUUGGGAAGGUGCUGGGGUUUGACCUCAGUACAGACGUGCCCAACCUUAGUGUGCUCCAGGGUGGGCUGUUAAACAUAGGGGACAGCAUGGGCCAAGUCCUGGACCUGCUCGUACGCCUGCUGUCCGUUGCCGUAUGUGACCCGGGACUGCCACCAGGGCACAGGACUAAGACCGUACUGGGCGACCACUUGACAAACGUUGGGAUAAACAGAGAUAACGUAUCUGAGAUAGUGCAGAUCUACAUGGAGGCUCACUGCAGAAAGACUGAGCUAGCCGGUCUGACCGAGAGCCUGAAGACCAAGGCCUUCCAAGCCCAUACGCCUGCACAGAAAGCCUCUAUUCUGGCCUUUCUGGUGAACGAACUGGCCUGCAGCAAGAGCGUGGUCAGUGAAAUUGAUAAAAAUAUUGAUCACAUGACUAACUUGAGGAAGGACAAAUGGGCCAUUGAGGGCAACUUGCGCAAACUGAGAAGCAUCCAUGCCAAGAGGACCGGGAAGAAAGACAGCGGACUGGGAGUGGAGGAGAGCCAGGCCCUGGGGACACCGGCUUCCAUACGCAAACGUAAGCAGAAAGGAGUGGACAGCGACGAAGAUGAUGAUGAAGAUGAAGACAGCGAAGACCAGGUGGAGGAAGAUGAGGAGGAGGAGGAGGAAGUGAAGAAAGGGAAAAAAACAGAGACCUGUGAAGAAGAGGAUGAAGGGGAUCAGACCAGCGUGGAGGAGUUAGAGAAACAGAUUGAAAAAUUAACAAAGCAACAGACUCAGAUCCGUCGGAAGCUGUUUGAGUGUUCCUGCUCCCUGCGGUCGAUGAUGUUUGGACAGGACCGUUACAAACGCAGAUACUGGGUGCUUCCUCAGUGUGGGGGUGUGUUUGUGGAAGGAAUGGAGAGUGGAGAAGGUCCAGAGGAGCUCCAACGAGAGCGGGAGAAGCUUCAGAAUGCUGAGUUGGUCCAGGUGAAAGAGGAACCGGUUGAGAUGACUGAAGAGAGACCGGCGAACAGCGGCCUGGAGGUGAAGGCAGAGAGAGAUGCCUCCACUCCAGAAAUGCCACAGGACAAAGACUCCCUCAACCUCUUCCUCCAGAAACCUGGCUCCUUCUCCAAGCUCAGCAAACUCCUGGAAGUGGCAAAGAUGUCCCCUGAGUCUGGAAGCUUCCACCAGAGCCAAAAUGGCAGCCUGGGGCCAGGCAACUCAGCAGGUUGCUCACCUACAAACACUCAGACACUACCCAGCAGCCCUUCUGUGACCCCAUGCCAGCCUUCCCCAGAGGUGAAACCCGAGCCAGGUGUACCUCUCCUUAACCCCUUCUACCACAGCAACACUGGGAAGAUAGGCAGCCCUCAGCAGCCAAUCCCUAAUGAUCAGCUUUUCAGGGUUCUCACAGAGAAGACCGGCCAUUGGUUUAGCCUGCUACCACGGUUACCGUGCGAUGAAUCAUCUCUUACUGCUGCCCCCAACCUCUCUGCAUCUUCGUGUCCACAGUCAUCUAGCACCAGGGCCAAACCUCCCUCCUCUUUGUCCCCCAGUCAUCCUACUAAUGCCACAGCCACCAGCCUCCACAGCACAGCUGGAAUCAGUAACUUUCCAUUAGCGUCACUGCAGCUGAAGUCUGCUAUGCCCAUGAUGAGUCUGCCCUUCUGCGGGUGGCCCAGCGGGGUGAUGAACCCAAACUUGGCCUUCUCUGGCAGUGCCCUGUCCCCCAUGCUGUGCACCACGUACCCCCCUGCUGAGGGCACCGCCAACCCUUUCCCGACCCCCAGCGUGGCCGUCAGCGAAUCUCCUGGACCGCCCGCCGAGAAACCCCCCCCUGCCCCAUCCCCCGCCAUGGAGGCGGCCAAAACACAGGACCACCCCACCCCACAACCAGUCCCAGAGGAAAUGCUGACAGGCUGGUGGCGGGUUAAUGACAUAGAGGAGCUGCGUUCCCUGGUGAAGGCGCUACAUAGUCGAGGUGUCCGUGAGAAAGCGCUGCAGAAACAGCUCCAAAAACACAUGGAGUACAUCGCUCAGGCCUGUGCCAAGCACAAAGAUGUGACGAUGAUAGACGUGACUGAGUUGGUGGAGAACCAGGUGACGGAGGAGACCGUGGAAAGCUGGUGUGUGGAGGACCAGGCCAUGGAUGUUGACAUGGCAGCGCUUCAGCAGGUGGAGGAGCUGGAGCGGAAAGUCACUUCCGCCAGCCUGCAGGUUAAGGGGUGGAUGCACCCUGAGCCGCAGUCAGAGCAGGAGGACCUGGUGUACUACGAACACAAGGCAGUUACCACACCUCGCCAGACGGAGAGCGGCGAGGAACAGGCGGAGAGGGCGGACGGAGGCUUGGCUCGACGCGCAAACAACCCGCUCGAUAUCGCGAUCGCCAGGCUGGCCGAACUGGAGAGGAACCUGGAGCGAAGGUACCUGCGGAGCCCCUUAAGCACCACCAUUCAGAUCAGACUGGAUAACGUGGGCAUGGUGACUGUACCUGCCCCUGCACCAUCCAGCUGUGCUGAUGGUGACGGGAGUGAGGAGGACGUCACUCCGGGUAUGAAGGUGUGGCGUAAAGCCCUGAGUGAAGUCCGCAGUGCUGCUCAGCUCGCUCUCUGCAUCCAGCAGCUCCAGAGGUCCAUUGCCUGGGAGAGAUCCAUCAUGAAAGUGUACUGCCAGAUAUGCCGUAAAGGAGACAAUGAGGAGCUGCUUCUGCUCUGUGAUGGCUGCGAUAAGGGCUGUCACACAUACUGCCAUAAGCCCAAGAUGACCACCAUACCAGAUGGAGACUGGUUCUGUCCAGCCUGCAUAACCAAGGCGAGUGGUCAGUCCCCAAAGAGUAAGAAACUGCUAAACCGCUCUGCUGGAGGUGCAAAGAAAACCAGUGAGACCAAGCGCAGCAGGAAGCUGUCUGCCACUGGGGACGUCUCUGAGGACGAGUCGGCGAGCGCUAGCAGCACUCCCAAGAAAACAGCGAAAGAAUCCAAAAAGCGAAAAAGGGAUGAGAGCCCAUCCACAAACCUGUCGAAGGCAGACAGUCCCGUGUGUGUUAAAAAAGCAAAGACAGCCAGAGACAACAGCAAAGACCUUGCCCUGUGCAGGGUGCUUUUGGCAGAACUUGAAGGUCAUCAGGAUGCAUGGCCAUUUCUGACCCCUGUUAACUUGAAAUCUGUUCCUGGAUACAAGAAGGUCAUCAAGAAACCAAUGGACUUCUCCACAAUUCGAGAAAAACUCGUCAACAGCCAAUAUCUUAACCUGGAGACCUUCAUCAUUGAUGUGAACUUGGUUUUCGAUAACUGUGAAAAGUUUAACGAGGACAAUUCUGAUAUCGGGCGGGCGGGCCACAACAUGAGAAGGUUCUUUGAGAAGAGAUGGACAGAACUUUUAAAACAGAUCAGUUAACAGAACGCAGAUUUCACUCUAAUCCUCAUCCUCACACGGGACCAGCUGUUGCCACUUCAAAUCUUGAAAGACAGCACUUGAAAGACGAAGUCUCUUCUGCAUCAUUCCUGUCACCAGCAUCCAGACUUAAGUUUUCAGCAGU